GAUGAGGGAGGAAUUUCGAAUACUCCUUUUUGGACUUGUGUAUGCUAUCUUUGCUGAAGCAAAAAUUAGAAAUGGACAAAAAUCACGUUUAAGAAAUCAAGGUUCAUGUCAGUUGGAGGUUACUUGUGAUGGGGGCGUGUCUCUUCCACUUCGACUUCCACUGAGAGGCCCCCGUGGCCCCCCUGGUUCCCCAGGAGUAAAAGGGGACAGGGGCGAGAAAGGAGAAAGGGGUGAACCAGGGGUGCCCGGUGAGUCAGGUAAUGUCAUGUUGGAAACGAGAGAACGUUUGGAGAGGGUGGCAUUUUAUACCGGUCUUAAUGAUAAUAUAAAUGGGCUACAAGCAGACGAAGAUGCCAAGUUUGAAAAUGUCAUUACAAACAUUGGUGGUUGCUAUAACUCAGAAACUGGUCGAUUCCGGGCACCAGUUGACGGAGCGUACCAGUUUAAUAUCGCAGUAGCAGCGCAGGGAAAACACAAGGCAGCUGUGGAUCUGAUGACGUCACAUCCUCUAUUAUUACAACUAAACAGAACACAGCCAGUGCCACAAGUGUUGAAACUAGGGAAAGACUCGAUAGAACCUCCCCACGAACAAAUGGUUAUGAGAGUUUGGGCGGAGAGUCUACCACUGUGGUCAACAGCAACCAACACCGCCAUCUUGAGACUGCGCCGAGGACAACAAGUCUGGCUGCGCAUACUCCAAAGAGCAUCCUUUCUCCAUGGUUAUAUGUAUUCGUCUUUCUCCGGAACUAUAUUAUUUUCAACUGAGUUGUAAAUCAAACACUGCAUAUUUAUCAUGAAAUUUGAUUCAAGAGAUUUUUAAAUGUAUGAAAUUUCUUACAAGUUGACUAGU